AUGUCGGACAUCAAUCGCCCAGCGAAGAAUAUCAAGCUUUCCCCGGUAAGUGACAACACACUGCCACUACAGCAGACUGUCGACGCUCAUAUUCACCAGACCGCUUGCCUCAACUCCCUCCCGCGUGAGCUCAAGGAUGAGAUCAUGUCCCAUCUCCCGAUCGACCUUGAAGUGGAAUUGCGUUCCACCAUGCUCCAAAGAUACCACAGCAUCAGCAACACCGCGGUUCUCGUGCGCAAUGUGGAAGAAUGGAAGGACUUCCUCGCCCUCUUCCGCGUCUCGUCGGGCUUCAGCAGAAUUCUUGAAGGUGCUCUGACCCGCGAAGUGCAGGCAAAACGCGUCAAGGUCGUACUUCACGUCAUCGACGCCGAUGGGAGCACCGAUGAAGUGACCGGCGACACGUGGCCUAGCCGCAUUGACCGCGACAAUACUGCACGAUGGGUCCCUGACCGCUGGCUCGAUCGCUUCAGACUGCUUCAGAUGAUCUCAGUCCACGAGGUUCGGGAUCCUGCUGGGGGAGAUCAAACCUCUUGGUCUUCAGCUGAUGAUCAGCGUGCGUACACCAAACCACGCUCGUAUCAGAUGAAGCUUCUCUACACCAGCGUCGAUAAGGAUGACACCAAAGGGGUUGGCAUCGGCCACUGCGCCAUCAAGAAUCGAUGGUUGGAGGUAACCCCACAGCCAAACAACAUGAAACUUGGUCUGCGCUUCGCCGAUGCUUUCGACGCCAUGACAUUCAAAAUGCAACGCCUAUUGGAGGGGGCUCCUGGGUUUCCGGCCAUCUUCAAUCCACAGAUGCUUGGCCUUCUUCAUCACACCCUCGUCAACGUUCUUGCUCGUACCCGGGUAUCCGGGGUUCUCGGUGUGGAGUAUAGAAGUGUCUGGUACCACCUAGACUACGAGUACUACUUCCAGGUGAAGGAACGAGAGGAGCCAACGACGCUUAGACUGGGCUGGCGUGGAGGUGCGGCGGCGCGGUACGCGGCGGAAAAGGCUGUGGCGUCUAUUGAGGAGACGAAGCGUUGA